AUGUCGUCCAUCACCCCUCCUCACGCGCCAACCGAGGCCGCCCUCGAGUCUCUCCGGGACGAGUUGAAAGGCAACAUGUUGCCAAACGUCCAUGGCUUCUUUGCCAAGUAUUUCGAGGGAAAGUCGUGGUCCACGGUGACGCAGAACAAAUUCCAAGAAACGACGUCGGCCAACAUGGUUGGCAAGUUGUCUGCCCGUGUCCCUGACCUCGCUCACUUGGACGUGCUGGUGGAAUGGCUUGCCGAAUUCCAGACGCUGUUUUUCGGCAUCGAUCAAGCCAACUUGCGAUUCCGCAGCCAGCAGCUUAGCAACACGAGUAGCACGCCCAAGACCGCCAUCUACCUCGAGACAUCUGAUGUCCAGUCCGCCGCAGGCAGCACCCGAGUGUUUGGAGAAUUCCAUCUUGACAGCGCCCUCGUCACGGCUGAUGACGACGACGACGACAUUCUGCGCUUCUGCGAGCGAGCACGGCACGUGUUCAAGACCCAGUCGGCUCGAUGCUUUGUCCACGGGUUCCUCGUCCGUGGUGCCAUGCUGGAGCUCUGGGUUUUUGACCGAUCGGGGGCCUACAGCAGCGGGAGGCUCGACCUGGCACAGGAACCGGAUCUGCUGGUGCGCGCCCUGGCCGGCUACACCUUGAUGACGGACGAGGAAGCGGGCUUCAACACCCUUGUAAAGCGCCUUACCCCUGAGUCGGACAGCUACGUCACAUUUCAUCAGAGCCACACGUUCCGCCUUCAGCCAGAGUUGAUGGCAACAGCCGACUACAUAGUCGGGCCCGGAACGACGUGCUAUGCGGCCUCGACACGGACAGCCGGGGAACCAGACACCGUCAUCAAGUUUUCUUGGCGAGAGGAUCAAGAGCCCACCGAGGUCCGUCUGCUGAAGCGGGCACAUGAGCGCAACGCCUGGGGUGUCAUCCAGCUCUUAGAUCAUCAGGACCUGGUGAGCGUGGCCGACCUUCGCCAGGAGAUGGACUUUCCUCGGCCGUUUGCCAACCGGAUAUUGUCCUGCGUCGCAACCACCCCUUUGGGCCGACCGAUCCGACAGUUCGCAUCGAUCCCCGAGCUGUUGGAGGCCCUGCGCGACCUUGUCCGGGCUCUUCACUCUCUCUACGUCAAGGCGAGGAUUCUCCAUCGCGAUGUCGCCAUCAAGAAUCUAAUCAUUGCCCCGCACCGCAGCGCCGACAGCCCCAAGGGUGUCUUGCUUGAUUUCAACUUUGCCCUGGAUCUCGACAAUGUCCGUCCUGUGGAGCCCAUGGUCGGAUCAGAUGGCUUCAUGGCCAUUGGUAUUCUCUCCGGACAGCGACACACGUAUCGGCACGACUUGGAGUCCCUGUUCUACGUGUUUCUCUGGAUCGCCAUUGCCAACGACGGUGUGCACGACGAGGCGAAUGACAUACUCGAGGAUAUGCCAAAGACGUCACGGCUGUGGAAAUGGUGCAGCAUGGACUUUGGUGCUGUUGGCCGGGACAAGGCGGCCGACAUGAGCCCCGAGGGCUUUGAAGGAAUUCUAGACGAGUUUUGCUCCGAUUUUGCUCCUCUCCGGGGUUUGGCCAGUGAACUGCACGCGCUGCUCUUCCCCGUGCGCCAGGGCAAGAUUUUCACGGGUACCAACACGGACCCGGCGGCUGUUGAGAGGCUCCAUGAUGGGAUGGCGGAUGCGUUCAACCGGAGUGCCCUGGCAUUCCAGGGUUAA